GAGGCGCCGGCAGCACCGGAAGUAGCCGCCGGCGGCCGGAAGCGGAGGUUGCCAUGGUUGCGGCACGGGCCUAGGCGCCGCCGCCAUGACGCAGGCGGAGAUCAAGCUGUGCGCCCUGCUGCUGCGGGAGCACUUCGGGGAGAUCGUGGAGGCCGUGGGCGCCCGCCUGCUGGGCACGGGCGCGCAGCCGCUGCGCGCCAUCGCCGCCGGCACGGGGCUCUCGCUGCAGCAGGUGAAGAAGGGCCUGUGCGUGCUCAUCCAGCACAACCUGGCAGCCUACCAGGUGCAGAGACGCGGCCUCGUGGAGUACGAGGCGCAGUGCGGGCGCGUGCUGCGCAUCCUGCGCUACCCGCGCUACAUCUACACCGCCAAGACGCUCUACGGCGACACGGGCGAGCUGCUCGUGGAGGAGCUGCUCCUCAACGGCAAGAUGACCAUGAGCGCCGUGGUGAGGAGGGUCGCCGACCGGCUCACCGAGACCAUGGAAGAUGGGAAGACCAUGGAUUACGCGGAUGUGUCGAGCACGUUCGUGCGCCUGGCGGACACGCACUUUGUGCAGAGGUGCCCACAGGUGCCCGAGGCUGCGGAAGCGCCCGAGGCGCCGCCUGCGCCCGCGCUGGUGCUCAGCGAGAAGGACAUGUACGUGGUGCCCAGGCUGAGCCUCACAGGGAAAGGGAAGCGGAGGCGAUCGUGCGAUGAGGACGAGGCCCGGGAGCACAAGGCUAAGAAACAGAAGGGCGAUGGAGAAGAUGCCGAGCCCCCGCCUGACGACGGCAUUUACUGGCAAGUCAACAUCGACCGGUUCCACCAGCACUUCCGAGACCAGGGAAUAGUGAGCGCCGUGGCCAACCGCAUGGACCAGACGAGCAGCGAGAUCGUGCGGACGAUGCUGCGCAUGAGCGAGGUCACCACGUCGUCGAGCGCGCCCUACACGCAGCCGCUCUCCUCCAACGAGAUAUUCCGGUCUCUUCCCRCCGGAUACAACAUCGUGAAGCAGGUUUUGGAUCAGUACCUCACGCUGCUGGCAGAUGACCCGCUGGAGUUCGUGGGCAAAUCCGGGGACAGCGGCGGGGGCAUGUACACAGUCAAUCUUCACAAGGCUCUUGCGUCUCUCGCAACGGCAACCCUGGAAUCCAUUGUGGAGGAGAGGUUUGGCUCCCGCUGUGCCAGGAUAUUCCGCUUGCUGCUGCGGAAGAAGCAUUUGGAGCAGAAGCAAGUGGAGGACUUUGCCAUGAUCCCGGCCAAGGAAGCCAAGGACAUGCUGUACAAAAUGCUCUCCGAGAACCUGGUGUCCCUGCAGGAGAUUCCCAAGACUCCGGACCACGCGCCCUCCCGCACCUUCUACCUGUACACAGUGAACGUCCUGUCCUCGGCGCGGAUGCUGCUGCAUCGAUGCUACAAGACCGUGGCCAACCUCAUCGAGAGGCGGCAGUUUGAGACCAAGGAGAACAAGCGCCUGCUGGAGAAGUCGCAGCGCGUGGAGGCCAUCCUGGCCUCCAUGCAGGCCACGGGCGCCGAGGAGGGGCAGCUGCAGGAGAUCGAGGAGAUGAUCACGGCCCCCGAGCGGCAGCAGCUCGAGACCCUCAAGCGCAACGUCAACAAGAUCGACGCCAGCGAGAACCAGGUGGACGAGACCAUCUUCGUGCUGGAGUCCUUCAUCGAGAGCACCUUGAAGAAGCCCUGAGGGGCCGCGGGGGGACAGCCUUGUCACCUUGGCACCGCGGGCCCCAUUUCUGUAGAGAAUAAAAAAUGAGCAACAA